GGGAAGUUGAGAACAUGGACGGGGUCGUGCUGGCGUGGAUCGCUCUCUUCUGGCUAACAGCUGUGGCUGAUGGCCUUCAAGUCACCGUGCCUGACAAGAAGAAGGUGGCCAUGCUCUUCCAGCCCACUGUGCUUCGCUGCCACUUCUCCACAUCUUCCCAUCAGCCUGCUGUCGUGCAGUGGAAGUUCAAGUCCUACUGCCAGGAUCGAAUGGGGGAAUCCCUGGGCAUGUCCUCUCCCCGGGCCCAGUCUCUCAGCAAAAGAAACCUGGAAUGGGACCCCUACUUGGAUUGUUUAGACAGCAGGAGGACUGUUCGAGUGGUAGCUUCAAAACAGGGCUCGACUGUCACCCUGGGAGACUUCUACAGGGGUAGAGAGAUCACGAUUGUGCAUGAUGCAGAUCUUCAAAUUGGAAAACUCAUGUGGGGUGACAGCGGACUCUAUUACUGUAUUAUCACGACCCCUGAUGACCUGGAGGGCAAAAACGAGGACUCGGUGGAACUGCUGGUGUUGGGCAGGACAGGGCUGCUUGCUGAUCUCUUGCCCAGUUUUGCUGUGGAGAUUAUGCCAGAGUGGGUGUUCGUUGGCCUGGUGAUCCUGGGAGUCUUCCUCUUCUUCGUCCUGGUGGGGAUCUGCUGGUGCCAGUGCUGCCCUCACAGCUGCUGUUGCUACAUCCGCUGCCCAUGUUGUCCAGAUUCCUGCUGCUGCCCUCAGGCCUUGUAUGAAGCAGGGAAAGCCGCAAAGGCCGGGUACCCUCCCUCUGUCUCCGGUGUCCCCGGCCCUUACUCCAUCCCCUCUGUCCCCUUGGGAGGAGCCCCCUCAUCCGGCAUGCUGAUGGACAAGCCGCAUCCACCUCCCCUGGCACCAAGUGACCCCACUGGAGGAAGCCACAGUGUUCGCAAAGGCUACCGGAUCCAGGCUGACAAAGAGAGAGACUCUAUGAAGGUCCUGUACUACGUCGAGAAGGAGCUGGCUCAGUUUGAUCCAGCCAGAAGGAUGAGAGGCAGAUAUAACAACACCAUCUCCGAACUCAGCUCCCUGCAUGACGAGGACAGCAAUUUCCGCCAGGCGUACCACCAGAUGAGAAGCAAGCAGUUCCCUGUGUCGGGGGAUUUGGAGAGCAGUCCUGACUACUGGUCAGGUGUCAUGGGAGGCAGCAGCGGGGCCAGCCGGGGGCCCUCGGCCAUGGAGUAUAACAAAGAGGAUCGGGAGAGCUUCAGGCACAGCCAGCAGCGCUCCAAGUCGGAGAUGCUGUCCCGGAAGAACUUCGCCGCCGGGGUGCCGGCCGUCUCGAUGGACGAGCUGGCCGCCUUCGCCGACUCGUACGGCGCGCGCUCCCGCAGGGCCGACGGCGACAGCCACGAGGCGCGGGGCGGGGGCCGCUUCGAGCCCUACAAGGCGGCCUCGCCGCAGGGCGACGAGGACGACUCGGCCGACGACGACGACGACGCGCUGCCGCCCUACAGCGAGCUCGAGCUGAGCCGGGGCCCGUCCUACCGCGGCCGCGAUCUGCCCUACCACAGCAGCUCGGAGAAGAGGCGCAAGAAGGAGCCCACCAAGAAAACCAGUGACUUUCCGACCAGGAUGUCCCUUGUGGUCUGAUGUUUGUGUUCAAGGCGUCUCUGUGGGUGACUAGAAAUCAGAAGCGGACUCUGGGGACAAGACACAAAUCCAAGAGCCAGCGGGCCCGGGACCUUCUCUGGCCACCACCUUGGAAGAUUUGACCUUUGCUUUGGCAAGGGAUGGGGGGCAGCCUUUAAGGGGGACUGAUUCCAAACUUCAGUGUUCAUCUAGCUAGUGCGAGAAACAAGAAGACUAUGUGUGAGAACAUUCCCACACGUGGAGUUUUUCAUCCACUGAGUUCAUCCUGCCUAAUGUUCUUUUUUAGCCAAACCAGGAUUCUUUUUCCAAUUCUUAAAGGGACUUAGCUCUGGACUGCUAAUCCCUGGAACAUACCUCUGCCUCUGGUAUGCUCUUCUAUACUUCCUGUGCUGUUCUUGGAGACAGAAGAACUUAUACCACCAGGAAAAGAAGGCCCGUACUGACAACGGAAGAUAGAUUUAGGCAACAUAUACCUUUUAUCCCCCUCUCCUCCCAGCCACUAGUCAAUGACUAUUGUUAUGCUAAAAUCAGUGACAGUGACCUGCUGGACAAUCACAGAAAUGACUUCAGUUUGCAGUUCUGAAAUGAUGGUUCUUGAGUGGCUGGAACAAAACAAAAGAGUGUGUGUUUUUGAUAAGCUGUGUAAAUGGAAUUUCUUUUUCCAUUCUGAGAACAAAUUGGGUUUUUUUUCCCCUUCUGCUGAACACAGUGACAUCUGAGUGUUGGACAUUAAGGGCUCUCCUCACACUCCUUCCCCUGGACUCUUCACAUGUUGGUGCCACCCACAGAGCGCCACUUCCUUCUGCACUCUGAUUAAAUUGUCAUCAGGUGCCUUUUGAUAAAUGCUUAAAAUAUCCACAUGAAAGAAGAGGAAGGAAAAAAAUAGAGAAAGUAAAUGGAGAAGAAUGAAAAAGAUUUAAGAGGAAGAGAAUAUACGAUCUCAUUGAUAUUUUAAACAUGGGCCAUUUUCCCCACAGACUCCACGUGAUCUUCUGUUUUGUACUUCAUUUGCCAAGAGUUGCUUCUGGCACCCCAGCUCUGCUCUUCCAGGACACCAGAGAUGUGUGGAGUGUGCCUCAUCAGAUUGCUGCUCUAGAUGCUUUGGGAAACAAGUGAUCUUGCUCUCUCAGGAAGGAGAACUUCCUAUUCCCAUCCUUGCCUACAUGAUAGAUUUUGCCUAAAUCUCAAAGCUAGAUAUCUCUGGAUAUUGUAAUUUGUGUAGACUGUAAAAAAAUGGCCCCAAAUCCUUCCCUUCUCAUCAAGAGAUGCAGUCUAUAUCUCUUCCCCCCUUGCAUCUGCGAUUGGCCAUUGUGAUUUGAUUGGGCUAGUGGCCCAAAACAAAUGUAACACAAGCAGAGACUCGAAAAAUGUUUGUGCAUGGGGUCUGUUCUCUCCUGCUGCUCUUGGGAACCCUGCAGUUGCCACUCGGUGAACAAGCUUGGGCUAUCCUGCGCAUGAGGAGAAAGAAAGGCCCAGUCCCCCUACCACCGUGACAGCCCAUCAAGUCUCCGCUGACUGCUAACACACGUGUGAGCCAGCCAAGACCAACGGAAGAACUGCCUAGCUGAGCCCAGCCCAAGUCCCUGAUUCCUACUCAAGGCAUGAGAAGUUGGUGCACCCUUUAAAUGUACAUUUCUCGUCAAGGAAAAACUAUUUCUUCUUGUCUAGAUGUUCUUAAUCUCUGACUCCAUCUAACCCAGAUGUCUCACAACCUCCACUUUCUUUGGCAAACGUUUAUCAAAGCUGUUCCUCCCACACCGUUGUGGUAUGGCUCACAUCACUGGAGGACAAUGAUGCUUGGCCUCCCAGCAGUAGUAAAUGUUCUAUCUUUGAAUCCCGGGCAACCUACGAAGGUUUCUGCUUCAGCAUCUCCUUGGUCUUCUCCAGAGCCACCUGAGUGGAGCUGGGCCCUAUUCUCAGAGUACCAUUCCACUGGUAUCCAUUUACUUCAGGACAUUUUCAAAACAGUCCUGCUUGUGCAGUGAAAUAAAGAAGUGGCUGGUGGUGAGGGCCAGAAGAUAAGUUAAUGUCACUUCUUGGAGGCGAACUGGCCCUACCAAGGGACUUCGUAGUGUCUUUGGCCUGAGAGGAACCAGGGACAGUUCGGCCCAGUGCUGGCACUUCCAAGGGUGGGGAGACACAAGCCAUAACCCUGGUGCUGAGUUUUAGACUUGCUGGUGUCCCUGGCCUCUAAGAGCCUAGGUCUGGUCUGUUUGUUUUGGCCCCAGUUCAGAUGGAAAAGAUGAUUAAACAUUGUCAUUUCUUAGUCACCAGCUUUGGAUUUCAACUUGCUCAGGCAAUUCUAGAGAAUAUUGGGUAGCUGUAGUAGCUGUUAUCUCUUCAUACUGAGCACUGUGUCAGGCUUCUCUCCACCAAAGAGCCCCAUAGCACCAGCUGCAGAGACCAAACACAUUGCUUUUGUUAGCCAAGGGCAUGUAUGAUUUUGGUGAAGGUUAGGGGAGUCGUGGAAAAGAAUUGCUAAAACUGGAAACCUGAAAUUCCAAAGACAACAAAACUACAGACAGACAAUAAAUUAAAAAACACAAAAAUAACAGGCUGGGGAGAUAACCUAGGGAGAUAGGACCAGGUUGUCCCCUGGAGGGGGGCAUAAAUCACUGGAACUUCCAGGCCUUCGGCCAAGAGAGAACACUUGUUUCCCAGUAUGCGGACGUAGACAGGGUUGACUGCACAAGUAAAGGUAAAGCUGGCCGUCCUCGGCACCCCGGCUUUUCUCAGUGGGUCCUUUUGUUUCUUCCCUGAAUAGUGUUUCCCACAUAGGACAGACUUCUACAUAUUAGCAUCCUUCCUAGGUUUCGUUGGGGUACAAAGUAAAUCUUGUGUAAGACAUGAUCUCUGUCCAUUGGGACCCUGCAGUUGGAUAGGGGGAAUAAGACAUGCCCAAGAGAGAAUUAGAUUUUAUGCAUAUAAUGUGAAAUAUUGCUAUGGAGAAAUUAUAACAAACCCAGAGAAUUAAAGUUUUUAAAUUUAAAUGGGUAUAUUUUGAUAUUUAAAUGUUGUGUGUCUUUGUCCGUCCAUUGUAUUUAAAGAUCUGCUCAGUGUUCUAAAAAGCCAGUAUUUAAAAAAUCUGACUGCAAGAGGUGAAUUAGGAUGGGGAGCAGUAUGAGGCUGAGGGCCCAGUGGGGCGGCGGAGGAGCUGCUGUGUUUGCCUGUGAGUCACAGCUGAGUCAGAGCUGUGUUGGAUAAGGGGGCGUCCAUGCGGGUGGCAGGAGGCAUCCCCUAGCACUGCUUCUUUAGGCCCUGCAUAGACUCACUAGGAAGCCGGGGGCAUUUGCCGUGGACCUGGUGGCACGUGUCAGCUGUCCCACCCCCGCGUGCUUACUUGCUCUGCAUCUGCUGCUCUGGGGGCUCAGUUCCGCAGCUGUGAGUGUUGCUGGCCACUCUCACCCACACGGAGCCAGUCUGGCAGCGAUAAUGGGCCUCUCGUCUUCCUACCUGUGAUCCUCACUCUGCAUCUGGCGCAGGACUGUGCAGACAAGGGGUGGGAAGAGGCUGCCGCUGUAGGCUGAGGCCCUCCAUGCUGAAAACAGCCACAUUUGUAAAUAUUUCUAGAUGGUCUUAAAGACUUCACCUAGGUAAUCUGAUGAGACUUGAGGCAGCCUUUGAGAGAGGCUGAAGUCAGGGACACUGUUGAAAUGCAGCCCGCCUUUUCUCUAUAGAAGGAGAAAUAAACCAUCAUUGCCAUUAGUGAAAUCACAAAUCGAAUUCAGCCUGUAGACUCCAAGCCUAAAGAUCUUUGCUGCUGGAUCAGGGUUUCCCCAAAUUGUGUCACCAUACACAUUGCUUGAUUGCUGCAUGUAUUGUCGGGCCGUGUCUUGGACCUUUAUUGGGUGGGUCUGCAGCGAGGAUUUGCCCCUUUAAUGUACAUUUCAGCAUAGUCCUGGGACCAGACCCAUUUGGGACAUGCUGCACUAGAUCCUACCUAAGGUGUAUCCCAAACAGUCCCAAGGCCUCCUUUGGCUUUGAAAUCUUUCUUCAGACAUCUUGGUGAGGUCCCUUUUACUCCCUCGGGGCUGAGAGUGGUGAAGCGCCCAGCAGUCUGGAUAUCACAGUGGUGACUGGCCCGCCAGGGCCCGGAGGUAGGAGACUGAGGCAGAGAAAGGAAAGCUAGGAGCACUCCCAAGAACCUGUUCUAAAUGUUUCUAAUUCUGGAAUAGUGAUCUAUUGUGACACUCUCAGAUCUGACAACAAGAAUUACAGGUAAUUUUCUCAUUCUCUUGAUGUCAUUCUGAGCAAAACUUAGAUCAUGAAUAGAAAGAAAAGAGACCAUUGGGGAAAUGGCAGAUCAUUUUUUGACGCAUUCAAAUUACCAGCCCGGCAGGUCAACACCCACUGCCAUCUAAAGGCCCUAAGUGGGGUGGACAAAGAUACUAAAAUCUGCAAUAUAUGUCUCUCCAACAUCAGAUUUAGAUGAUGCCAGAUUUGUGCAAGAGUGGAAAAUUGAUUUAUAGGAUGUAGAGAUCCAAAUUCACCAAAAUAGGACCUCAGGUACUUCAAGUCCUAGAGGAAAAAAGUGCCUGGUUUUUUUGGGUUUUUUUCCUGCCAGGAGCCUACCUCCUAGUCACCUGGGAAGCUGAUCCACGGAGCUUGAAGUGAGGCGCUUUUACCACCAGAGUGGAGCAGAGGUGAUGCUGAGCCACUUUAACCAGCAGCCUGAGUUUUGGCUUGUCUGAGGGUGAUACUGAUAGUAUUUGUGUUAGUUUGUGGUGUAUUACUGUUUACAGAGCACUUUCACAUCCAUCGUAUCCUCCGAUCCUCACGAUUCCCUCCUGCGGUACAGGAGGGUGGAUGUCGUGACCUCAUCAAACAGAAUGUAAAGCUGAGACAGGAAAGCUAAGUGAUUUGCCUAGAGUCAAAAGGCAUUUACAGUUAUAGAGCCAGGCCCUCUGUCUAGGAUUCUUCCCGGGCAAUUCCUGCAACACCUGCAGGACGGGGACCUGCUGACUUGCACCAGGCAGCAGAGUCCUGGACCCUGGACCCUGGGUGCGCCCACACGCCACUGGGGGUGGGGGGCAAGGCUGUGAAGCUGGGCGCUGGGGCUCCCUCACGCUGCCCCUUGCCCCUCCUCAAUUGUGGCUCUGCGUGGGGCCAGCCUCCCUCCAGGACACUGUCUUUCUCAUCAGCCCUGCUGGUGGGGGGUUGGUGGGGGGGAGGAAAGGCCUUGACAAAAACGUGCUUCAGAUUUUAGACCCCUUCCUGAAGACGGAUUUCUGAGUCAAACCACAAAUUCGUCUAGACUCAAUUCCAGGGUUGAGGGGCAGCCUGCUUAGGAGUGAGGUAUCUGGCACAGUCCCUGUAUCUGGGGAUUUUAGGUAGAACUUAAGAGGGACUAGAUGUAGGAGAGGAUGCAGCGGUUUAGUUAAAAGUGUUAGAGUUUCUUGCUGGGGCUGGACGCACCCUGAUGUGGUCUGGCCCAUCUCUCCUGGGAAAGCAAAAAGAGACACGAAUAACUUCGCUCUUACCUUGGCUUUAAGGAAAAAGCCGCUUUAUUAACAAAGGCAUCAGGCAUUACCCUGUGAGAAUUUUCCUUGUGGGACCACACAAGAGGAACAGAAGGAGCAACAGGACAAAAGGGUCAGAAAUCAGUUUCAUGGGAGUCAUGUGCCCAGUUCUUUUGUGCCUUGUCUGUGGCAUCAAAACUAAAAUGUAUCCCUGUUGCCCAUGACUCUUUUCAGUGUCAAACAUAUAAAGUGAAUGUAGUUGUAAUGUUUUAAUCUGAAUAAAGUAUUUCACCUACA